UCUUAAUAAUUAAUUAUGACCGUCUGACCCUCCCUUCACUCGAUGAAAUGAAUCAAGUACUGAGAUCUUCUCCCUUGCUUCAACUACCAAACCCAACGCCACCACCACCACCAUCCUUAUCCCCCAGGUUUAUUAUAAAGGUAAUUGGCAAAGAUGAUGAAUUGGAAAUUUCAGAGAUACCGAAUGGCGUGAUUCAUUUUCAAGGUUCCAAAAGAUUAGUAGUAGUACGACUUGUCCAUUUUCAUAGGAAGGAGGAGGAAUUCGACAUGCCGCCUAUACAGAAAUUAUAUGAGGCUUGCAAAUUAUCGUUCUCUCCUAAUGGACCUAUUUCUGAAGAAGCUCUCCAGAAAGUAAGGGCGAUGUUAGGGUUUUGGAUAGGAAUUUUCUGUAUGCCUCCUUCGUCGAUCAUCCCUCUCCAUAAUCAUCCUGGAAUGACAGUCUUGAGCAAGCUUUUGUAUGGUACAUUACAUGUUAAGUCAUACGACUGGCUUGACUUACCUGUGUCUGACGAUCCAUCGAAAGCAAGAGCUGCAAGGCUAGUAAAAAAUGAGGAGAUGUCAGCACCCACCAGUGGCACAACGGUAUUAUAUCCAACUAGUGGUGGCAACAUCCAUUCUUUUAGAGCUGUGACGCCAUGUGCUCUUUUUGAUAUUCUAUCACCGCCAUACUCUUCUGAGGAUGGACGGCACUGCUCCUAUUUUCGGAAGUCUCCAGAAAAAGAUGUAGCAGACAUCGUUGAGUCCACUGGAAUGGAUGCCUCUGAAGUAGCAUGGUUAGAAGAGUUCCAGCCUCCAGACAGCUUUGUGGUUCGAAGAGGAGUGUACAAUGGCCCAAUAAUUAGAAUUUGAGGAGUUUUGUUGUUAAAGAAAACAGAGUGGGUGUACCAUAUCAUUGGUCAGGUGAGAGAGAGCUAUUUAUUAUUUUACUAUUUAAAUCAUAACAUUGAGAGAAGCAUCCAUGAAUAAUGCGAUCGCAAUAGUUAUUAUUUCUGAUUGGUAUGUGAGGUAGGAAAUUGGUUUGUACAUAUGUAAUAUCGAUUAAAUAGGUUGCCAAUUUUAGUUGCUCCUCUUUCCUUUUAA